AUGCCGCCACAGAACAGCUCAGACUGGCUGCACGGCUUCCAGACGGGAGCCGAUUGGUUCUUAGCGUGUGGAAACGGCUUGGAACAGGCCACUGCUAGCCUCUGCGACCCACAUGCGCAGUCGCCCUCUACCAUGUUGCUGGUAGGUACGCGUGAGGGAGAAGCCGCACGCCAGGCGCUGUUGCCGGGGCGCAGCCAGUCGAGAUCGCGCGGUAUCGCACAACUACAGGCGGAUGGUUCGACGCUCGACGAUGAGCAUCCGCUGCUAGUGGCCAGCCUAGAUAUGGACAAUGUUUGCACGACGCAGAAGCCGCCGCCAAAGCACAAUGCGCGUUCGCGUUACAAAGUCGCGUGGCUGUCAGGACACUCGCCUACGGCAGAGGCCGACUCGUUCGUGGAGAAUGUCGUCGGCAAGUUGCUCCUGCCGUUUGUCGACGUCGUCUGUCUUUUCCUGGAUGACUUCUCUACCCGUGAGGCGGGCAUCCGGUUCCUCCAGAGGUGUGGACGUCAUAGCCGCCUCUCGCUGGGCUGGAGGCCGCAGGUGAUCCUUGCCAGCAGCAGCACGUACAGGCACAAGGGCAGUCUGGGCCUACCCAUGUUUGGUAGUAUCCAGCGCGUAGUGCUGCCGGCAGAUGGCCGCAAGACCCUGUCUUCUUCCAGGUUCCGCGCUCUGAAAAACACCAUACUUACUAGUGUGAAGACAGUGAGAAAACGCAGAAGUGCCUCCAAGACGCUCUACUCGGCCUACCAUCUCAACGCCUUUUUCGAGUCAGCAUUGCGGCACGUUGCGACAUGCGCCUCCUCGCCGUUCAGCUUCAUCCUCGCGACGCGCGAAUGCAACCAAAUACAAGACCGUCUCUGGCUCUGCCUACGCGACUUUCUACGGCUGUGCGCCGCUAACCACACAAGCCAGGAAGCUGCGUUGGAGUACAUGGCGUCUGCGCUCAUGCUAGACAGCCUUCCGCCCGGCAUGCAUCGCUUCCAACCGUCGGCAGUCUUCGAGUCCUUGUACCAAUCUCAUUGCUACAAAGCCUUUUCGUCGCUGCCGUCUGAGCAAGGCCUCUCGCCAGCAGCUUUGUGUGCACAGUUGAAAGCCAUCUUCAGCCGCUUCUGCGCCAAGCUCGACAAGGAGACGCUGACAGCAGUGGGACUGCACAAGAGAAACCUCCAGACCAUCCCCAUAGACUGGAACACCGUUCAAAGCUCUCAGCUAUGUCUUUACUGUCUCUUUCGUAAGCCUGAGCAUAGCUUGCGCUGUGGACACGCGCUCUGUGAGUCGUGCAUCUGCAAGUUCGGGGCCAAAAGACAGCAGAUGGAACAUUCAUACUCCGUCUCCCAGUGCCUCUUGUGUCAGUCCAAGAGCGAGCUUGUAGUACGUCUCAAGCCACCAACAGCAGGAAGCCGGCUGCUUGUGCUCGACGGGGGUGGCAUCCGGGGGAUAUUCACGCUGCAAAUCCUACGCGCGCUCGAUCAGCAUCGGAAGCUCCCGUAUCCUGUCUACGACGAGUUUGACUUGACGCUGGGGACCAGUACAGACGCAGGUGGCCUCAUCGCGCUCAUGUUCCUUCUGCGCCGCAACCUGGACGAGUGCAUUGCCGUCUUCAAGCAGCUGGCCCAGCGCGUCUUCCGUCCUCGCCAGCCAUUCGGAAGCAGCCCGCUCGCGAAAGCCGCUGCCGAGAUGGAAGCAUGCGUGAAAGAAGCCUUUGGGUCCGACGCCACUCUUUUUGGCUUCACAGAGUCGGGCGCGCGUAUGUCAGGAGCGAAGGUCGCAGUCACGACGAUGACUGUGUCGAGUGCGAGGCUCUGCAUUCUCUCCAACUACAACGGAGCCGGCGUCAGGCAGGGCUACAAACACUAUCGAGCUUCUCACAUAGAAGACGAGACCCUCAUCUGUGAUGCAGCCAGGGCUACGUCCGCUGCUCCGUCCUACUUCCCGGCAAAGUUCAUCCGGGGGCUAGGAUUCUUGCAAGACGGCGGCGCCGGGAAACACAACAACCCUAUCGAUCCUGCCGAGUGGGAGUCCCGGACAAUCUGGGGCAUUGCGCCUGAUCUAGCUGUCUCCAUAGGUACUGGGUUCGCCCGAGAUCCAGAGUCGCCACAGAUCAGCGGCUGGGACGACCACGUAAAUCGAGUGCCUAGAGCUGAGCGGCACAAGUACUUCCGCAUCAACAUAGCGCUACGUAAGGAGCCCCCGCUCGACGAUGUUGGCAAGAUGCCAGAGCUGGAAGACUUAGCGGCAGACUUUCUCCGUGGUCAUGACUUCUCCAGCCUCACGCGGGCGCUCUUUGCUGCCUCUUUCUUCUUCGAACUUCGCCAGAAGCCGGUCGUGAAGAGGAACCCAGUAGUAUGCUCAGGUUCCAUCCGCAGCCGCAGCCCCAACACGCGCGAGUUGGUGGAGAGAAUCCUGCAGGAGUACCCAGCUGCCUGCUUCACCACGGAAGAUGGGACUAGCCUAGGCCAUGUCGGCGGCCCCAGUCUUUGUGCUGCCUGUGGUCGCUAUCACAAGGACGUGGAUCUCAAGGUCCACCAUCUCGACCAGCGCACGUCCAUCUACCUGCAGUUCAAUCAGCUAAGCCAGCAUAGAAUAAGCGGAUUUCCGCAGUCUAUGACACAACUCACGACGCUUCAGCUGCUAGACGCUGACUUUGGCAGACCAGACCACCAAACCACUAACGUCGCAGGUGUGAGUAGCUGCCAGUGCAACGCCAGCAGGAAAAGAAAGAGAGUCGUGACCUUGAAAACGAAGCCCUCCAAAAGGGUGCGCCUGGAUUGA